AAUGGCUAGAAGAGACUAGGCUCCCUAAAGCAAUCAUUUGUUCUGACUCAAUGUCAUCUCUCAGUUCUAUUCAAAAUGGAGAAUCAACAUGUAGACAGGAUCUAUUGAAUGAAAUAAAUCAAAUCAUUUUUGCAAUUAAUCAACAGGGAAGGACAGUCCAGUUUGUAUGGGUUCCUGCUCAUAAAGGUGUUGAAGGGAAUGAGGAAGCAGACAAGCUGGCAAAAGAGGCAACGAAAGAAGAGGAGGUUCAAUUAAGCAUUCCACUCAGUAAGUCAGAGAUCAAGGUACUCAUAAAACAAAAAAUUAAUACAAUGUGGCAGUCUGAAUGGGAUAAGGAGAAAAAGGGUAGGCAUCUUUACAAAUUACAACAAGAAAUCGUAGGGAAAAAGAAUAGUUAUAUAAACAGACAGGAGGAGGUAUGGUUCUACAGAAUGAGGAUCGGUCACACUGCUCUUAACAGUAAUUUAUUUAUCAUGAACAAACAUCCAUCUGGAAAUUGUGAGGUUUGUGGAGUAAGAGAGGAUGUAGAACAUGUUCUGCUAAGUUGUGAAAGAUUUUCUAGACAGAGAGAAAAACUGAAAAGGACCGUUAGUGCAGAAAAAAGAGUUUUCUCCUUGGAAACGUUAUUGGGUGAGCCAAGAGCAGGAAGUAUUACUGGGUCCAUAGUAUCAUUUAUUAAAGAAACACAAUUAGCGAUUAGGAUUUAGAACUCUUGUUUUGUUUUGAUUGAUUUGGUUAUACUGGUUUUGUUAUAUUUUAUUUUUAUAUUUUAUUUGAUUCAAUUUUCUUUAAAGAUCCCCAAUGAACUGCACCUCAGUCCAGUAGAUGGCGGUAAUACACGUAGCUUGUAAACCGCCAUAAAACUCUACAGAAGAAGAAGAAGUAUUGACGGCAGUUGGAAAAACCCCGGCGAAUAAACCAGUACGGAAUGAAGUCGGUCGUCAGCCUGAGUUUAUACUAAAGUAUUUAAGAUAAGUUUAUGUAUGCCAGAGGGCAAAACAUUACACCUCCCACCCUCGAAAGCAAUGGCUGAGCAGUGAACAAGCUCAAGGAUUGCCUCUGGAGCUGGUGGAAGUGACAUCCAGUCCACCUCACAGCCAUCUUCCAGCCAUGAUUGAUUGGAGGAGGAAUGUCUUGGUUAAAGAAUGCCCAACUUUCUGCAGGCAGCAAAGACGAUUUUUUCCUCAGUAGGCAGCAAAUCGCAUCCAUUCUAUCCCAAUGAGAGCAGCACGAUAACGCGUGCCGUGGACACCCACCGUUACUACAGGUGCAUCUCUACGGCAGCUAAAGUAAAGUGUAGGAUAAGUAAGAAAUUAAUAGUUAUCUGUAAGUGAGACUUAUGUCUGACAGCAACAGAUUGUUAGAAUGGAAAUAUAUUAUUAAUGUAAGUUAAAUUUGUUGGCAUUUAUUCAUUUGUCUUGUAGAUGUUCUAACUCCAGAGCAGUGUGUGUGUGGAACAUUCUUGAUUAGGCAGUGUGUGUGGAACAUUCUUGAUUAGGCAGUGUGUGUGGAACAUUCUUGAUUAGGCAGUUGGUCAAGACAUUUCUUUGGCUUAGUGGCCUGUUAAUGUCAUGUCUGAGAAGAACGUGGAAUAGCCUGCAAACGUCUUACUACAGAUGUUCUAACUCCAGAGGGUUUGACUUAAUGGCUACCUAGUUCAACAGCAGUUCCACUCAUGGCGUCAUCCUUGAAGAGGGCCUUGACAGGAGAGGACCCAGAAGAGGCUGCAAGUGGCUUCUCCCCUGAAGCUCAGGAUGGGAAAAUUGUAGCUCAGGGUGGAAGCCAUGUCUCAGCUCCAACUGUGACUGGCAAUAUAGUUCAGGGAAACAUCAACACACACCAUCAUUAUCAUGGUCUUGGGGUUUCUGCUCCGGCAACACCACCACAGGACCCGGGUCUUGGGGUUUCUGCUCCGGCAACACCACCACAGGACCCUGAUCAUAUCUCCAAAAUAAAUGAAUACGAGACAUCCAUCUGCUCCACAUAUAAAAAAGUGAAGGAGUAUAACUCUCUAGCUGGUGAGAAUGUGCUGCUGGCUGACCGCUACACUGAGCUGCUGAUCGUUGAGACACACAGAAAGCAGAGAGAAAGAGAGGAGGAGAUCGGUUUAAGAGGAGAAUAUCACCAGAAGGUCUUAAAAACCAGGGCCAGUGAAGCAUACAAGAGAAUCACUGUUGACCAGUUGUUCAAACCCGAUAAAGAUGGAGAUGUUCCAAAGGCAGUCAUUCUCCAGGGCCACUCUGGACAUGGCAAAUCCUUCACUGCUCAGAAGAUCAUGUACGACUGGUCUUCAGGAAAAGUAUUCAAAGACCUGUUCCACCUUGUUCUUCACCUUAAAUGCAAAGAGCUUAAUAAAAUCUCAGAGGCAUGCAGUCUGGUGGAUCUCCUGAGCUACUGUCCAAGCUUCACCAGUGAGACAGCAGAGGUGCUGAAGGACUCAAACAUGAAAGUGCUCUUCCUCAUUGAUGGCUUUGAUGAGCUCAAGUUCUCAUUUGAGAAAACUAGCACAGUGCCACUUAAAGACCCUUUCACAAAAGCUCCUGUUGAGGCCACUCUGAGUGCUCUGCUGAAGGGGCUGGUCCUGCCUAAGUGCUUCCUGCUGGUCACCACUAGGUCCACUGCUUCAGACAAACUGAGCGAUCUGCUCAGUGGUUCUCAGCGUUUCACUGACAUCCUAGGCUUCACUGAGGAGGGGGUAAAGGAGUACUUCCAGAGGUUUUUCAAAGAAGAACAGCUAGAAAAGAAAGCAUUCGACUGUGUGAGGACCAAUGAGACUUUGUACACUGCCUGCUUCAUCCCCGUCAUCUGCUGGAUCACCUGCACAGUUUUCAGGGAGCAAGAAGAAGAAGGCAUGGACAUCACUAAGGAACUAGAAACAACCACCUCUGUAUUUGUGCACUUUGUGUCCAUUCUGCUGAAGCAUCACUGCCAGGGUUUGAGUCAGCCUGCUGAGGAGACUCUGCUGAGGAGCCUGGGCCAGCUGGCAGAGAGAGGGUUACAGGAACAUCAGGUUCUGUUUGAUGAGAAGAGUUUGUCUGAGGCUUUCCCUGAUCCAUCACAAGCAACCAAACACAAUCCUUUUCUCUGCAAAUUCUUGCUAAGGAAGAAAGUCAAACAGGAAAGAAUGUACAGUUUCAUGCAUCUGAGCUUCCAGGAGUUCUUCGCUGCUCUCCAGUACCUGAUGGUGGAGAAUGAGAAAGAGGCACUUAAAAAACUACAGGAGUGGUUAGGAAACGUUAAACGUUUUAAACCUGUUGUUCAAUUCCUUUUUGGGCUUUCAAACAGAGACAUUGACACACACCUGAUAAAGCAGUCCAAGCCAUCCAUUAAAGCUCAUCUGCAGAAGUGGCUCCUAUGUGUUUUACAAAAUCACAGAAUGCCUCAAGUGGAUAUGCUGCAUCUACUCCAUUGUCUCUAUGAGCUCCAUGAGGAGGAGUUUGUAAGGGAGGCCAUGGGAGUCUGGGGUAAGAUGAAGUUUGACUCCAUUCCCCUGACGAGGACAGACUGCUGGGUGCUGCUGUACUGCCUGCAGUGUUGCCCGACCAUCAGAAGCCUGAAGCUCACGGGGUUCAGCAACAUAACAGCAGAGAAGCUGAGGAUGCUGCAGCCUGCACUGAGCAGGUGUCAGGAGCUGGAGUGAGUGUGUGUGUGUG